AUGGGCUGUUCAUACCUCGAGGCAUCCAUGGCUGAUUUGAUGAAACUGAUAAAAAGCUUCAUUGAUAUGAUGAUUUUAGCCUCCGGCUAUCAGUCUACCGGCCGACCCGCGCACUGGGACUCUCGCAACCUCAAGAAAAGCUUCCAGUGGGCGCUCUUUAUCGAGAAUGUUUUGAAGGAUCUGAUGAGCGCGGCUGAGUAUCGUGAUUGUGUUGAGGAGCUUGAUGCUGCUUUAACUGAAUUGACUGUCAGCCCUUAUUUCCCUCAGCAGGGCCUUGCUCCUCUGUCGUGUGUUACCCUUUGUCAAGCCAAGGAUCUUCUGUUGAAGCGUUUAAUUCAUACCUUGCCCCUUAGAGAAUCACAUUUAAAAGCUAUCACAUUAGCAUGUGUUGAAAUGGACCUUAGCAUUCUUAAGAGUAUGGACAGUGACUUCCUUGACAUCUAUCUUGAAAAACUAAUGAGAAUCCCUUCAGAAGACGAGGAUCCGAGCGAGAGUAGAAAUUUCAUGGAAGUCUCAAAUGGGUCAUCUCCAGAUGCAGUUCAGACUGGGAAGGACGGCAAUUUUGUGGGUGGUGAUUUUAGUGUUUCAGCUGCUCAGCAGCUUGGGAGAAGGCAAGUGGCUGCAUCAUGCUUAUCUACAGCAGAGGCUGGUUUGGAGUGCAUUUGGAAAACUAUAGAGGAAUGCAUGCACGGCGAGCUUGGAAAUACACCCGGCUCAGAACCAGCGAGGCAUCCAGAAAGUUUUAUUGCAGGAGAAAUGGCAGUUGAAUCAAUUGUCUGGAAUUGUUGGAGAUCAAGAAGCUUAUCAUAUAUGCUGGACAAGCGAACUGUAAGGCUGAUAUCUGGAUCCAACUUAAUGUUAUCUGCCCCAGAUGGUCAAUGGACUCAAUUGUUUGAAAGACUAGAUGUUACAGCGGAGGCUGAUAAUUUAUCAGAAACAAUUGAAUUCUUGUUACUAGGAUGUGCUGCAGAUAGAUGGAGUGGCGCUAUUGAAUGUUUGAUGUCAGCUUCAUAUGAGUCCCUUACUAUCUCGAGGAUCCAUCAAGAAGUAUUCAGCUCACCACUGGCAAAUUCUCUAAAUCUUUUCUCAAAAGAGAGCCUCACAAAUCCUAAGGAAAAAGGUGUUGUGAACUACCUGGAAUUGUUACUCAGCAAUCAGAGCAACCAACUGUGGAAACUAUCUCCAGUCCUUGCAGCAGUUGCAAUUCCUUCAUGGUCACGGUUGUUCAGAUCUUACCUCCAUGAGCUAGAGAAUCAAUUCAGGGGAAAUUCUUUGGCAGCCAGGGGCUGCAGUUGCAAAGCUGAUGGUGUGGAACAUAGGGAAUGUGAGGUGGCUGAGAGAAUGUGGUGCCUUUACAUUCUUCAUGCUGCAUCAGGACGAGCGGCUGUUUCAUGA